AUGGCGGCCAAGCAGGAUAAAGCAAUUGGAAUAGACCUUGGUACAACUUAUAGUUGUGUCGGGGUAUGGCAGAACGACCGCGUGGAGAUCAUUCCAAACGAUCAAGGCAACCGCACCACCCCUUCUUAUGUCGCGUUUACCGAUACUGAACGGUUGAUCGGCGACGCCGCUAAGAACCAGGUGGCGAUGAACCCACAAAACACCGUAUUCGACGCUAAACGUUUGAUUGGGCGGCGGUUCACUGAUCCUUCUGUUCAGAGCGACAUGAAGUUGUGGCCGUUUAAAGUUAUCUCCGGCCCCGGUGAGAAGCCGAUGAUCGUUGUUAAUUAUAAAGGCGAACAGAAGCAGUUUGCUCCGGAGGAGAUCUCGUCUAUGGUGUUGGUAAAGAUGAAGGAGACUGCGGAGGCGUUUUUGGGUCAAACUAUUAAAAACGCUGUCGUCACUGUUCCGGCGUAUUUCAAUGAUUCUCAGAGGCAAGCUACGAAGGACGCCGGUGCGAUUUCUGGGUUGAAUGUUAUGAGGAUUAUCAAUGAGCCGACGGCGGCGGCGAUUGCGUAUGGUUUGGAUAAGAAGUCGUCGCGUGUAGGUGAGCAGAAUGUUUUGAUUUUCGAUUUGGGUGGUGGGACGUUUGAUGUGUCGUUGUUGACGAUUGAAGAAGGGAUUUUUGAAGUGAAGUCCACCGCUGGCGACACCCAUUUGGGCGGCGAAGAUUUUGAUAAUCGUUUAGUGAAUCACUUUGUGACGGAGUUCCGGAGGAAACAUAAGAAGGAUAUCAGUGGCAACGCCAGGGCGCUGCGACGGCUGAGGACGGCGUGUGAGCGGGCGAAACGGACAUUAUCGUCUUCUUCCCAAACCACCAUUGAAGUUGAUUCUUUGUUCGAAGGAAUCGAUUUCUAUGCCACGAUAACUCGCGCUAGAUUCGAGGAAUUAUGCAUGGAUAUGUUCAGAAAAUGUAUGGAUCCGGUGGAGAAAUGCUUGAAAGAUGCCAAAAUCGAUAAAGGCUCCGUCCAUGAGGUGGUUCUCGUCGGCGGCUCCACCCGAAUCCCAAAAGUCCAGCAGCUUCUGAUCGAUUUCUUCAACGGUAAAGAGCUUUGCAAGAGUAUAAAUCCCGAUGAGGCGGUGGCAUACGGCGCAGCAGUCCAGGCGGCGAUUUUAACCGGAGAAGGAGAUGAAAAAGUCCAAGACCUCCUCCUCCUCGACGUCACUCCUUUAAGCCUGGGUCUAGAAACCGUCGGCGGUGUCAUGACUGUUUUAAUUCCGAGAAACACAACAAUUCCGACGAAGAAAGAACAGAUUUUCUCGACUUACUCCGACAAUCAACCGGGGGUGUUGAUACAAGUCUACGAAGGGGAACGAGCAAGAACUAAAGAUAACAACCUCCUCGGAAAAUUCGAGCUCAGCGGAAUCCCUCCGGCUCCGAGAGGUGUUCCUCAGAUCAAUGUCACCUUCGACAUCGACGCAAAUGGGAUUUUGAACGUUUCCGCAGAGGACAAGACCGCCGGAGUUAAGAACAAGAUCACAAUCACCAACGACAAGGGGAGAUUAAGCAAAGAUGAGAUCGAGCGACUGGUGCAGGAAGCAGAGAGGUACAAGGCGGAGGAUGAAGAGGUGAAGAAGAAGGUGGAUGCGCGGAACGCCCUCGAGAAUUACGCCUACAAUAUGAGGAACACGGUGAGGGAUGAGAAAUUUGCGUCGAAGCUAGCGGCGGAGGAUAAGCAGAGGAUUGAGAAGGCGGUGGACGAUGGGUUGGAGUGGCUGGAGAAGAAUCAACUGGCGGAGGUGGAUGAGCUGGAGGACAAAUUGAAAGAGUUGGAAGGGGUUUGUAACCCCAUUAUCGCGAAAAUGUAUCAGGCCGGUGGUGGUGGUGAUGUGCCGAUGGGUGAGGGAAUGGCUAAAGGUGGUGCCGGAGCUAGCGGUGGCGCCGGGCCAAAGAUUGAAGAGGUUGAUUAG